UCUCUCCCCGCGCGCGCCGCUCGGACGCCGCCGGCACCAUGGGCUGCUGCACCGGGCGCUGCUCGCUCAUCUGCCUCUGCGCGCUGCAGCUGCUCUCAGCCUUGGAGAGGCAAAUUUUUGACUUCCUUGGCUUCCAGUGGGCACCAAUUCUUGGGAAUUUUCUACAUAUAAUAGUCGUCAUAUUGGGUUUGUUUGGAACUAUUCAGUACAGACCUCGAUAUAUUGUGGUGUACACAGUAUGGACUGCCCUCUGGGUCACCUGGAAUGUGUUCAUUAUCUGCUUUUAUUUGGAAGUAGGUGGACUCUCUAAGGAUACAGAUCUGAUGACAUUCAACAUUUCUGUACACCGGUCAUGGUGGCGGGAACAUGGGCCCGGCUGUGUCCGAAGAGUGCUGCCUCCAUCGGCCCACGGCAUGAUGGACGACUACACGUACGUCUCCGUCACAGGCUGCAUUGUUGAUUUCCAGUACCUAGAGGUCAUCCACAGUGCUGUCCAGAUACUCCUCUCGUUGGUUGGUUUUGUGUAUGCCUGUUAUGUGAUCAGUAUUUUCAUGGAAGAAGAGGACACCUUUGAUUUCAUAGGCGGACUUGAUGCACACUCCUACUACCAGGAUCAUGUUGAGUUAAAGCCUGUUAACCUGUCGAAAUAAGUAAUGACACUGACUCUGAAACACGGCUGCUGAACUUGACUGAGGAAUUCAGGCACCACUGAGAGCACCUCUCCGCAUUGACACGUCUCACCUCCUCCCAGAGGAUGGACUGCGCCUCCCUCCUUCCCCGCGAGUCACCGAGUUCUUUGGUCACAGCCUAUGUGUUAUUAGCAUUGUGCGCUAGAGGUGUAGGUGAUCGGGUGGGUAUUUUUUAAGUCAUUUUCUUCUUACAUGAAUACUUGUAAAUUAUUUAAAAAUUGUUUUUUCAUUUUUUAACAAUAUUUGAUGUGAGGCAUGCAAAAUGAAAAAAAAAAAUGUCAUGAAAGCCUUCUACAGUCUAUUCUAAAAGAAAUACUGGUUCUUGUAUUGAGGUGUCCAGUCAAUGUUGCUGAGGACCGCAGUUACCCUAUGCCAGAUGGACUCUGCAUUAACAGAUAUUACGGGGAGCUAUUCACCAUGAACUUAGAGCUGUGACAGCUGGUGAAUGGGUGCAAACAGGGGAUCUGGGUUUCAGACUGACCAUGGGGCAUUUUCUUGACACCACAUGACAAAACAUGAAGUCCUCCUUCGUUCUCAACUUUCCAGAAUGCAGAAUAACAUCACACCGUCUAAAUUUUCAGAUUCGUGCACGUUAUCUUGUUCUUCCUGUGUUCUGGAAAUUACAUCAUGGGUGUAUAGAAGAGUAACAUGAUUAGCAGACAUCUUUCUACUUUUGGAGGGUACAUGGGUAUCUCUGGCGUUUGUAUUUUCUAUUCUUUAUCCCAGUUCUGACACUGGUGUCCAGCCAAAACAUACAGCUUCUAGGCUUGGGAGACAGAAAUCACAACCAUAAAUCUGCAAUCAGGAAUGUUGCUGUUAAGAUAACCAAAAGGAGCUUUAAAAUGGUGUGGAAUCUCUAUAAAGGCUUCUUAAAAAGAUACUUACAUUUGUUCAACAUCA